UCUCUUUCUCUUCCCGCCCCUUUGCGCGCGCGCUCCCUGCAGGAAGCUGGUUCCUGACCGGAGGUUUACCGGGUAACUCGGUAGAGUUACAACUGCCUGCAAAACCGACGCCGCUGUGCAGCAGCGCGCGUUCGAGUCCUCCUGUCUGCCUGUUCGAGACUCUGGAAGAUGUCAGCCCAAGGCCAUGCCUGGUCCCGACAGGUGAAGAAGGAGGAUGAAGAAGAGGACCCGCUGGACCAGCUCAUCUCCCGCUCAGGCUGUGCUGCUUCCCACUAUGCAGUGCAGGAGUGCAUGGCCCAGCACCAGGACUGGAGGCAGUGCCAGCCACAGGUGCAGGCCUUCCGGGACUGCAUGAGUGCACAGCAGGCAAGGCGGCGGGAGGAGCUGCAGAGGCUGAAGGAGCAAAGCAGCGCCCACCGCUGAGACCCCAAGCCACCUAUCCCCAGAGGAUGGCCCUGCAGAAACCAGCACCCAGACAGAUCAUGGGAGAAAGGAAUCCUGAACAGUGGAAGUGUGGGCCAAGAACUGUAAGACUUGGGGAUAGUAUUUGGGCCUGGGGCCAGAGCCAAGCAGCCAUGGGUUUGGACAUGAGCUGUCAUAUUGAGAUCCCACACAUCCUCACCCAUAUUGUGUCACCAAUAUUAAAUAUUGACCAGUAUUUGCCAUGUAAAACAGAGUGGGGUUAAGGGAUGCUCUCCUAUGCUACAUCUCGGGUCAGUGUGCCAAGUACUGUGCUGAUUACAUGGACAUUUAAUUUCAAAGUAGAUUCACAAUCUAAAGGUAAAUUGGUUACCCUUAAUCAUUUCUUCAUUUAUUCGGUCAUAGGUUCCAAAGCAGCCAGGUUUAUGAGACCUCAUGUGCCAGACACUGUGUAGGAAACGUAUGUGAUGCAAAUAUAUCUCUCUUCAUAUUGCUUUCAUCUGGUUUGAGAGAGAAACAAAACACUAGAACAACUAAUUUCUGAUAAUGAUACAAAUGACUUUAUCUUUCAUCAGCUGUUCUGGAUAUUUCAGUCUAAUGAAAGGAAGAAGGCAAAUGGGAAAACAAAUACUAAGUUCCUCUCAUAUGUCAGACUCUGUUGUAUUAACAGAUACAGAGUCUGAUUUGAACAUGCUCCCAACCAAAGAAAUACAUAAUGUUGAUUUGAUGUUUAAAAAGUAAUUUAACAUAACAUACAGAUUUUCAGUUUUUGAAAAGUUUGGAGAAUCUGUCAACAUGGAGCUUAUAUUCCUACUUUAACAGCAAUUUGCUGGAGCUGAAUGAAUGAUUCUUCUUUUAGGUGGAUGUGUACUGCAGCUCACAACAGUUGCCAUUGCUUUCCAUUUUUCUUCCAUAGAAGUGCAUUACCCAUUCUAUUAUUUUGUCUCUGACAUUUGGGAGUGGGAAGGGAGUUGAGAGGGUGACCAUUGCUAUAGAACUGGAAUGCAAAGGGACAUAUGCUCUCAUCAUCAUCAAAAACAUUUCUUGAGCAUAUAUAUAUAUAUUAGAAGCACAAAUCUGAAAUAGAAUAGGCCCUAAAACUACUUUGAGCCUUUCUGUUGGUCUUUGGGAAGGAGAAAAAGAGAAAAGAGGAGAAGUUAAGAGGGAUUCAAGUUCAAAGAACCAUAAAAUCUUAUUUCAAGCAGAAAGAGGUGACUGUAUGUGUGUAAAAGGAUGAAUGAAAUCUGUUGGGGCAUGUGUGCUGUGCUGUGCUGUGGGUCAUCAGAGGUAGCAGUGUGAACUACAUCUGUCAGCAAGAAUCUCAAAGAGAAGAGAGUUAGUUGACACUGUUAAAGACGAAGUAAACAUUACAUAAUUGUAUAUAUAUACAGAAAGGAUUACAAUCUGCAACAAAUAAAAAGUACCUAGAGGGAUUUCCCUGGUGGUCCAGUGGUUAAGACACCACGAUUCCAUUGCAGGGGCACAGAUUCGAUCCCUGGUCAGGGAACUAAGAUGCUGCAUGCCACUUGGGACAGCCAAAACAAACAAACAAAAAAUUGUACUUAGAAAUCAGUAAGAAAAAGCAAAUAGCCCAACUGAAAAGUGAACAAAGCUAACUAUGCCCCCAAAAUAUAGAAAAAUGUAAAUAUAUUCUACAUCACUUAUAAUCAGAGAAAUACAAAUUUUAAAAACAAAAGUACCAUUAGGUCAUCCUGUUGACAAAAAUUAAAAGUAUAAUCACCAAUAUUCUUGAGGAUGGAGAGAGACACAUUCACACUAUUGUAGGGAUCAUAAAUUAGUCAAGUUUUUUCAGGGCAAUUUGGUGAGAUCUGCAAAUAUUUUAAAUAUUUAAAAGCAAUUCCUCUUUUAGGGAUCCUCUUAAACAUCUUAUAAAAUGUGUACACUAUUAUUUUCAUUGCAGCAUGUGUUUAAUAGUGAAUAAAUGGUCACAGUAUGAAGUUCCAUCAGUGAGGACUAUUUGCUUAUACAAACACUACAAAAGAAACAUACCUAUUUAUUAAUUUGUAUAAUUAAAAUAGAAAUAAUAGGUCAUGGGGGGCAGGGAAUUCUAACAGAGAGAAAGAGAGAACCUUCUCAGCAGGAGGAAUGGCUUUCACACCAGCUAAGUGGAUGGAACAGGUUUGGAAGGAUUCCAGUCUAACACAGAACCAACACUGGAAGGGUCACAGAAUGUGUUUGGGCAAAGAGGCCUCUAUCGACACCCAAAACUGUUUCCUUAAGUAUAAUAAAUGGGGAUAAUUCCUAUUUAAUAGGCACACUAGGAGAAUUAAAUGAAGGGGAAUAUGUAAAUACCU